UCGAAAGGCAUCGGCUGAAAACGAAAACGCCAUUUUGUUUGGUUGCUUUGCUUGUGCCUGGUGCUGGGGUUUGAUCCAGGGAGGAGUUGUUUUUUGAGCUGUGGAAGAGGGUAAACUUUCAACCCUCGGGCCGUACGCCGGUCAUGGUAAAAGUAGAAAUGGACGGAGGACGGGGCCACAAUGACAAUGAGGGUUCACAUGAAGCUGAGCACACCAGAAAACUUUUUAUUGGUGGACUUGACUACCGAACUACUGACGAUUCCCUGAAGAAGUUCUACGAACAAUGGGGUGACAUUGUUGAUGUAGUUGUCAUGAAAGACCCCAAAACCAAGAAGUCCCGUGGUUUUGGAUUCAUAACAUAUGCCAGAUCAGCAAUGGUUGAUGAAGCACAGGCACACAGACCACACCGAAUUGAUGGCAGAGUUGUUGAACCCAAGAGAGCUGUACCUCGCACAGAGAUUGGAAGACCAGAGGCUGGUGCAACUGUGAAAAAGUUGUUCAUUGGCGGUCUAAAGGAAGAAAUGGAUGAAGAUGAUAUUCGAAACUAUUUCAAACAGUUUGGUCAAGUCAGAUCUGUGUCAAUAGUUAUGGAUAAGGAGUCAGGAAAGAAGCGUGGCUUUGGUUUUGUUGAGUUCGAUGACUAUGACACUGUGGACAAGAUUUGCUUACAAAGAAAUCAUUCUCUGAGAGGGAAGCACAUUGACGUGAAAAAAGCUUUGAGCCGUCAAGAAAUGGCCGACAUGCAAGCCCGCAACCAAAGGGGAGGCGGCGGCGGCGGCGGUGGUGGUGGCGGCGGCGGGGGCGGCGGCAACGGUGGCCCUGGCAGAGGAGGUCCAUCUGGGGGCGGCAACUGGGGAGGCAGCAGAGGGGGCAACGACUGGAACCAGGGCAACCAGGGCUACAGCGGCAGUGGUGGUGGCGGCGGCGGUGGUGGCUGGGGCGGCAACGGCCCAUGGUCCAACCAGAACCAAGGGGGUGGAGGCGGCGGCGGCAGCAGCUGGAACCAAGGGGGCGGGGGCGGCGGCGGCAACCAAGGGGGUGGCAACUGGAACAAUGACAACUUUGGCGGUGGCUACCAGCAGAGCUAUGGAGGUGGACCCGUGCGCGGAGGCAACUAUGGUGGAGGUGGUGGUCGAUCAGCCCCCUACUCUGGUGGCGGCGGCGGCGGAGGCAGCGGUGGUGGCGGCGGCGGCUAUGGUGGCAACCAGGGUGGUUAUGGUGGCAACCAGGGUGGCUACGGAGGCAACCAGGGUGGCGGCGGCGGCGGCUACGGCGGAAACCAAGGGGGCGGCGGCGGAUACGGAGGCGGCCAAGGAGGCUACGGAGGAGCAAGGAGAUAUUAGAGCUUCCCAGACCACACCAGGUUCCUUCUACAGCCUACGUACAAAAUUUGUACUGUAGGGCUUUCUGGUCAGGGUUGGAUUAGACAAGUCAGAUGAUUGAUCCGAUCCACUUGAAGAUGAGGAGUUGUUUACCAGAUGUGGUAGGCCCUAUGCAAAGGACUAUAUUUGUGUGCGUGUGAUUAAGCGUGUAACUCAGGAAUUUUAAGUUGUAGGACUUAACAGUAUUGUGAGUUGGUUACUUCCAAUCAAGUCAAAGACAUCUGGUUAGUGUGAUAGAACACACAGCUGGUGCUAAAAUCAUUUACCAUUAGAAAGAGCUCAGGUUUAUUACCCGCCUAAUUUAAUUGACAAGAGUUGUGACUAGGGAACACUUAAUUGAAGUAGAUGUGGUUUCUACUUAAACUAUAGUUUUAGCCCAUAUGAUUGUGCAUCUUGUGUUAAUCACAAAAUUAAAUUAUUCAUCAUUGUCAGGAAAAAUUAAUAAUCAAACACUAGGUAUAAAGUGUAAUUUUGUACCCGUAACCAAAAUAAAAUCACCCACUCUCUACGUGAUCAGGGCCACUUAAUUUACAGACUGAAACUGCCUCAGUUCUCGUACCUAGGUCACUAAUCAUUCCGUUGUAGGAGUUUCAUGUACAAUUAAGUUUCUCCACCGAUCUGAUGUUAGUAUCUCUGACAGAUUAUGUUAAGAAUUGAGGUUUUAUGUAUUUAUUGAUAAUCUUAAAGAAAAUGUAGAAAAGUAAA